GUGUGUUCGGGAGUUGAGAGAGAGAGAACGUGAAAGAAGCAAGCGGCUGGGGAUGAUGAGGAGUCGGAGUCGGAGUCGGUGCAGGAGAGAAGAAGGGGAAGAGAAAGAUCCAUGACUCGCUUAAAUACACACACGGAACGGGAAGAGAAAGAGAAGCAAAAAUGGGGAAGGGUCCGUUCUCUUUCAAGCGCAGCAGCAGCAUCCGCCGCCGGCCCCCCAAGAAGUUCAUUGGCCCUCCCCCUUCCCCUUUUCCCUCGCCGCCGCAGCCGUUUCGAUCUCCUCCCCCCUCCAAUGUCCAUAUCAACAGUACCAAUACCAACAACAACAAUAAUAAUAAUCUGAACGCGGUUGUUGCUGGCGGCGGUGGCGUGAAGGGGAAGAAGAAGGCCGGAGGAGCCAGGCUUUGGAUGCGGUUUGACCGCUUUGGCGGAUCAGAGCUCGUCGAGUGUGACAAGAAUGCUAUUAUUCGACGCGCCGCCAUUCCCGCCCGGGACUUGAGGAUUCUCGGCCCUGUCUUCUCCCAUUCCUCCAGCAUCCUUGCUAGGGAGAAGGCCAUGGUGGUUAAUUUAGAGUUUAUAAAGGCUAUAGUUACAGCUGAAGAGGUUUUGUUGCUUGAUCCUCUUCGGCAGGAGGUUCUUCCGUUUGCGGAUCAGCUAAGGCAACAACUUCCUCAGAAAAGGCAAUCCAGGAUAGAAGAAGCAAGUCCACUUGAUGAACUAGCUAGUGGAAUGAUUGUUUCAGGCGGAAAGCAAUGGUUACCUGUUCCUGAAGCCGUUGAAGGUGUGCAGUGUGAUCUUCCAUUUGAGUUUCAGGUUCUGGAGAUUGCAUUAGAAGUUGUCUGUACAUACUUGAAUUCUAGUGUGGCAGACCUUGAGAGAGAAGCCUACCCUGUUUUAGAUGAACUGGCUAGAAAUGUUAGCACCAAAAACCUUGAACUUGUGAGGAGUUUGAAAAGCAUUCUUACGCGUUUGCUUGCACGUGUACAGAAGGUGAGGGAUGAACUCGAACAUUUGUUGGAUGACAAUGAAGAUAUGGCACAUUUAUAUUUAACAAGGAAAUGGAUGCAGAAUCAACAGCCUGAGGCUUUGUUGGGGCGUUCUGCUUCAAAUAGCAUAUCCGCACCCUAUUUACGUCGGCUUAGUUCUAACAGAAGUGGGAGCUUGGUAAACAGUAACAAUAUGGAUUACGAUGACGUAGAAGAUCUAGAGAUGCUGCUUGAGGCAUAUUUUAUGCAACUGGAUGGAACCCGUAACAAAAUAUUAUCUGUGCGGGAGUAUAUUGAUGACACGGAGGAUUAUGUCAACAUACAACUUGAUAACCAACGAAACGAACUCAUUCAGCUCCAGUUGACAUUGACCAUUGCAUCAUUUGCGAUAGCAGUGGAGACCUUGAUAUCUGGUAUAUUUGGUAUGAACAUCCCCUGUAUAUUAUACACCAAGAAAGGGAUAUUUGAGCCCUUUGUUGGGGGUAUUACGGCAUUUUCCGUGUUACUCUUCUUUCUCAUAUUCGGGUAUGCCAGGUGGAAGAAGCUGCUUGAUACAUGA